AUGGAGAAGGCCUUUGAUAGGAUAGAGUGGAGUUUCCUCAUUAAGGUUCUUAGAUGCUUUGGGUUCACCGACGACUUCAUUGACUUAGUCGAUGCAUGUGUUAGGGAGAAUCAUUUCUCUUUAUUAGUGAACGGUAGCUCCACACCAUUCUUCACGGCCACGAGAGGUCUACGACAGGGCGAUCCACUAUCACCCACCCUCUUCAUCUUAGUUGAAGAAGUCCUCAGUCGAUCCCUCACCCGAGCGAUCAAUCAAGGACUUAUCCGACCAUACUACUCGAAGAGGGGUUGCCCGAUCAUCUCACACUCCCUCUUUGCUGAUGAUGCGAUACUCUUCCUCAAUGGAGGUGAGACAUCCAUUAGAGGGCUCAUGAGUAUUAUCUCGAGGUAUGAGCGAGCUGCAGGUCAACUCGUAAAUGCCUCGAAGAGUAGUUUCAUAGUAGCCCCUUCUACUCCCAUAGGGACCAUACGACGCAUCCAGGGCCUAACAGGGUUCUCUCGUGGACACUUACCUUUUGACUAUCUAGGAUGUCCUAUCUUCCUCGGCCGUAGGCGCAUACACUAUUUUGACGCCCUAGUGGGCAAGUUAAGGAAGAAACUAGCAGGAUGGAAGUUACAACUUCUAUCCCCUGGAGGACGGAUCCAGUUGAUACGCCAUGUCCUCAUGAGCAUACCAUUACCUUUUGGCAGUCCAUGAGGUACCAGACACCGUCUUACAGUCUAUUAGACGGAUAUGUACGUCCUUCCUUUGGGAUGGACAACUUGAGGGACCUCGUCGUCAACGCCGAGUUUCUUGGGAGAAAGCAUGUCGACCUACGGAUGAGGGUGGCCUAGGUAUUAGGCGCCCUCAAGAUGUACUUAACAUGCUUCAAAAGAAACUCAUUUGGAGGAUGAGGACCACACCAUCGGUGCUAGGUACUUUUGUGUCAGCCAAAUAUGGUGAGUGGGCUCGACAGCCGGCUGACAUCAAAGGAGUCAAAUGA